AUGUCGCGUGUCGAUCAGCCAUUGCUCUCUGUCGCAUCAAAUGGCAAUUUGACGCCACAACAGACAUAUUCAGUGCAACGAACACGCUUUUUGGAUCGAUGUGGUCGCUUUAAACAGUCACUUGGUCGCUUUAAUAUUUAUCGUAAAGGUGGUGACUGGCGUAAAAUCUAUUGGGAUGAUCCAUUUCAUACGGUUAUCAAUACACGCACAUCAAGGAUCAUUUGGGGUGUUUUUAUUGCGUAUUUUUUCAUUAUCUUUUUCUUCGCACUGGCAUAUCUGGAUGUGUCAUUGCGUCAUCCAACGUGUCAUGUUGGACUCUCAAGUAUAAUGGACGCCUAUGUCUUCUCGCUUGAGACGAUUAUGACAAUUGGUUAUGGUGCACCUACGGAUGAUAUUUUCUAUGGAGGAUGCACGUCUAUGGCAACGUUGCUUACUUUGGAGUCUUUUGCUGGUAUCGUUCUAGAUUCAGUUUGUAUCGGUAUAUUCUACGCGCGCUUCUCCCGUGCCAAUCAACGAGCGAACACUAUCAUGUUCUCCAACUCGGCAGUGAUUCGGAAGAUUCGAGGGCACUUUUAUUUCAUGUUUCAGACGUGCGAGCGACGUAAACACCAGCUCGUGGAGGCACACGUUCGCCUGUAUGCUGUGCGGUAUGACGUAGAAGAUGACGCGGAUGAGCCCAGCGACUUUCUUUUUCAGUGUCACCAGAUGCGAGUGCAGCAGCCCGAUGAUGACUGUGGCGCGAUGCUUCUCAUGGUGCUCCCGCAGGUUGUUGUUCAUCGUAUUGACCAGUGGAGUCCACUUUUCCCGCCAGAAUGUCUACCACGUGGUGGUGGAGACGCGAAGAACCACGCAAGCUACCCGGAUCCUUCACAGCGUCAGGUAGACAUUGACAACGGGAACCGUGACGGCGGUUUGCCUGGCGAUCUGAAGAAAUUCCAAGAACCUACAAAAACACAGAUUAUGAAGCACCUUCGCAAAAGCGGACUUGAGGUUGUCGUGAUUUUGGAGGGUAUUGACAGCUCAACAUCCAACACUAUGCAGGCGCGCAACUCGUACACUGACGAAGAUAUUGUGUGGGAUGCUACAUUUGAGCGUUGUGUGGUCAAGACGUCAAAGGGUCUAUGUGUUGACUUUGACCGCUUUCAUUUGUUGAAACCGGCCCCACUGGACGCUAAACACUGUGCCAUGUCGUCCCAAUUUUGA